AUGGCAGAGAUUGUUGUCCUGACUCUUGUACAGAAGCUGGGCAUGCUUCUUGCAGAUGAGUCUCAUUUGCUUGAUGGAGUGGAGGAAGAGGUUGAUUCUCUCCAUAGAGAACUGAUAUUGAUCAGUCCUCCUUUGAGGAAUGCUGAUAUGAGAUCCCAGGAAAAUGAAGGUGUAAAAGAAUGGGUUACCCAAAUUAGAGACUUGGCCUUUGAGGUUGAGGAUCUAAUUGAUGUCUUCUUGGAUAAAGUAGUCAGAAAACGGCAGCGAAACGUUGUCCUGAAGAUCAAGGGAUUACCCAACAAAGUCAUUACUCUACACAAAUUAGGAAAGCAAAUUGAAGACAUCAAAAAAAGGUUCAACAAGCUUGCAUUUGUUAGAUUGAGAUAUGGCAUUCAAUCUAUAGAUGAUGAGGAAUCUUCACAUGAAUGCUUGGCCUAUAAUGGAAGGAAAUAUCCCGUCGUUUACAGAGUCCAUAUAAUGGACUUCCAAAAUGAAGCUGAGGAGAUAGCAGAGAUUCUGAUGAGAGAUGAGCCUCGAGGACGGAUUGGUGUUGUUUCAAUUGUAGGAAUCGGCGGAUCAGGUAAGACCACCCUUGCUACUAAAAUUUACAACAGAAGGGAUAUUAAGAAACAUUUUGAUUGCCAUGCUUGGGUUUAUGUUUCAAAAGAAUUUAGAGUUGGAGAUCUUCUGCAGGCCACGCUAGAACAAAUUAUCGAGCUAACAGAUGUGGAGAAAAAUGAAUUGCAGUACUGGAAGGAGGGAGAAUUGGAGAAGUUUCUCUAUGAUAAUUUGAAAAAAAAGAGCUACUUAAUUGUGUUUGACAAUUUAUGGAGGCAAGAAGCUUGGGAUAGCUUAAAGAAGGCCCUUCCCACACCCCAAAAGGGCGAAAGAAGUCGAGUGUUGCUCACCACUCGCAAUCCAGAAGUAUCCAAGCAUGUAGAUCCAUUAAUCAAUCCCCAUAAGCUAUGUCUUUUGGAUGAAGUAAAGAGUCUAAAUCUCUUCACAACAACUGUCUUCCAACCUUCGGCGGGAGGAAGUGAAGACUCAAAUUUACCCAAAGAUAUUGGGGAUGUAGCAAAGAAAAUUGUUACCAAGUGUGAUGGAUUACCACUUUCCAUUGUUGUAUUGGGAGGCCUCUUAUCUACAAAAGGAAAGACAGUUGCUGUGUGGGAAAAAUUACUUGAGAGAGUGACUUGGCAUGGGAAUCAAGAUUCAAGUAAUUGGCCAAAGGUAUUAGCUCUGAGUUACACUGAAUUACCUUAUUACUUGAAGUCCUGUUUCCUUUAUUUUUGCCUUUUUCCCGACGGUUAUGAGAUCAAUUGUGAUAAACUGAUUCGAUUAUGGGUUGCUGAGGGAUUUUUGCAACCACGAGUGGAUGAAACUGUGGAAGAUGUGGCUGCUGAUUGCCUUGCAAAGCUAAUCCAAAGGAACAUGAUUCAAGUUGUGAGAUGGAGGUCUAACGACGCACCUGAAACAUGUUGUAUUCAUGGUUUACCCCGAGAUUUGGCAAUUUCAGAAGCCAAGAAAGAUAAAUUUCUCAACAUUUCUUGGAAUAACUGCUUGGAAUCUUCGAAAGGCUAUAGUCGGCUAGCCUUCCACCCUUGCAAUGGUAUGUAUGAUGAUAAUGACACAGCCACUACUCACCACAGCACAACUUCAAACCAUCUCUAUUCAUUUCUCUGUUUCACUGAAUACCCGCGUUCAAUCGAUGGACAGUUUGAACUACUAAGGGUGUUGGAUCUAGAGGGUGUACCAUGGAUUUCAACCCUACCUAAGGAAAUUGAAAAGCUCAUUUUUCUCAAGUACUUGAGCUUACGAAGAACCAAAAUUCAGAUUCUUCCAUCUUGGGUUGGCCACCUUCAGAACCUACAAACACUAGAUCUAUAUGACACCAAAGUAGUGUGCAUACCCAUUGCAAUAGUCAAGCUAGUUCAAUUAAGACAUCUUAUCUGUAUUAACAUUUUUGAUCAUAUGAUCAAAGAUGAGUUCAUUGUUGACACUGCUGGGGACAUUCACCAUCAUUCUCCUCCACCCAUCAAACUUCUAAAAAACCUCCAAACCCUAUGGAUUCAUGCAAGUAGUUGGAUGAUGGGUGGCCUUGAAAUGUUGACCAAUCUUAGAGAACUGAGGAUUAGAAGAAAUGGAGCACUCAAGGGGUCAUAUGGAGGUGGAUCAUUAUACUGGGCACUUGUCAGAUUGGUGCAACUUAGGGUCCUAUGGCUGGAACAACAUGACUGGUCCCCCUUGCUUCUCCCUUCAUUUUCAAAUCAUUUACAUCUCUAUGAUAUGGUGUUAAUUGGGGCUAUGAAGAAGCUACCUAAACAUAAUGAUUUCGCGCCUAAUCUCACUAGUUUACGCUUGGAUUCAUUGCAUCUAAUAGAUGAUCCAAUGGUAACACUUGAGAAGCUACCUAACUUGAGGCACCUCACCUUGGAUUGGUACUCUUUUAAUGGAGAUAAAAUGACUUGCUCUGCAAGAGGGUUUUCAAAACUUGAGUCAUUAUCUCUUGUUUGUUUACUGAAGUUAGAGGUAUGGAUGGUGGAAAAAGGAGCUUUGCCAAUGUUGAGGUUUUUAAAGAUCAAAAUGCUCUAUCAGUUGAAAAUGCUUCCAGAUGGCUUGAGACACAUAAGAACCCUUGCAGAACUCAUGAUAGUGAUGUCAAAGAAUUUCAAUGAAAGGGUGAAAGAAGGUGGAGAAGACUGGGAAAAGAUUAAACACAUAGCUUCCCUCAACACUAGGGAAGUAAACCAUAGGAGCCAGUACUCAAAAUCAGCAGCUACCCCCAGAACAGUUAAAACUUCUGAAGUCUUAGAUUAAGGAUUAGCUGAUAUUUCCUUUAAUUUACUUUUUCCUUUCCUCAGCUUUGUACCUUUGAGGAAAGUUCAUUAAGAAAUAGUUAAUAUUUCCUGUCAUUUACUU